CCUCGCGCCCCCGUGACGCCAGCACGCUGCAGGCAGUCCGGCCAAUCCGGAGGCGGCGCCGGGAGCGGAGGCCCCAAAGGGGAAGGUCGCGCAGGCGCACGGCACAGCGGUGCCGGUGGCCGUUGGCGGUGGCGGUUGGGUGCGGAGUUUCCGGCCUCAGGGAAGCGAUUUACUCUUGUUUGCGUGUGUAGCCCAAAGCAAGAGUUGUUCCUGUCGCCUCUUCCUUUCAGCGUUUGUGAGAAAACUGAGAAGAUGGUGAAUGUUCUGAAGGGUGUGCUGGUUGAAUGUGACCCAGCAAUGAAGCAGUUUCUGCUCUACUUGGAUGAGUCAAAUGCAUUGGGAAAGAAGUUCAUCAUACAAGACCUGGAUGAAACUCACGUCUUUGUAUUAGCUGAGUUGGUUAACUUCCUCCAGGAGAGAGUGGGCGAGUUAAUGGACCAGAACUCUUUUCCUAUUACUCAGAAGUAGAAAGACUAGAGAAAUGAGAUUACUGCAAGUUUUGGAAUAGUGGAUUUCAAUGGCUUGGAUUGUUACUGUUUUAAUGAAUACACUGUGCUUACUAAGUUCCACAUGGGAGUGGCUACUCUAGAAAAUGGAUCAUUUUCAUAGACAUACUCUUGAAUUGUAUUUUAUUUCUCAUUUUGAAAAAAUCAUAGUAUCUUUAUUAAAAUCCUUAAAAUGAUACACUUCAGAACUUGCCUGGAGAAUUUUUGAUGCAUGCUCCCUGGUUUUUCCAUUAAGAUUUUUAUCUUGCAAGGUGGUAUGACCCAAAAAUUAGAGUAGUGUUUCUGUACUGGAAUGCUGUAUGAACUCCCCUGACAUGUUACAUUCCUGUGGAAUUGAUAACAUUUGGUUAUAGUGUGACUGAAAUAAUUUUAAGAAUGUCUGUUAAAGUAUACUCUGUGCUUGAUGGAACAUCUCCGUAAAUUGAAGGCAUGAUCAGAUAGUGCUUUAACUUAGUAAGGUUUAUACACCAAAAUUGAAGUUGGUGAGAGUU